AUGCAAUUUUGUCAUAUAUCAUAUAUAUAUCCAAUAGAAUCAUCACAAUGGACGCCUGGACAAUAUCCUGACUUACGAGGUCCUUCCGUCAAUCAGUGUAUUAGCCAAUUACCUCAUAAUAAGCAACACUUAUAUUUAUGUGAUCCUGAUCGAAUACUCAAUAAUAGCCAAGCUCAAACCAUUAAUCGUUUAUUAUAUGAUUUGGCUGUUGGAACGCCAUGUCAUUGUCAACGACGAUCACAAUGUACAACAGGAAUAGCUGGAACAUCAUCAGAAGGUUUCCAUGGAUUUGUUGUUUCUGUUGCUAUUGUUAAGAAUUUGCAAAUGCAAAUGCAUUCUCCAAGUGAAGCUCAGUUAACUGAACGAGCAGAAGCAUUUUGCAAAGCAUUAGAAGGGCGAUGGGCGUUAGGUGAUUGCGGUAAUUCAGUCAUCAUAUUCGUCUGGGAGCAUUAUAAGAAAAUGAUCAUAUGGCCAGCACGAUUAGCUGAACGAUAUAUAACAUCAGAUGAGCGUCGUCGUAUUCUGACGGACGUCAAUGAAUUCGCUCAAACAGAUCAAUGGUCUAAAGCAUUAACUCAAGUCAUUUCUGAGUUGAGGAAAGAGCUUAACGGCGAGCCAAUGGAUCGUGUUGACACGGGAACCUUAUCAUUGGUGGUAGCUGUUGGAGUAGCUGUCUUACUCACAUGCCUAAUAACAUGUUGUGUAUGUGCAUUCCGUUGUUGUGGCAAUCUACGUGGAGACGAUUGGCCAAGAGGAGUUCAACGAGCUGUUGAGCGUGUUGAUAGUCUACGUGCUUCAGUCAUACGACGUGGAUCAUCAUUACAAAGGUCAAUCAGCCGUUCACCAAAGUUUGGAAACAAUCCAAAUCGUUUUUAUUCUCCUGACACAACAAUGGUCUGA